AACAUUGUUUAGGUUUCGCUUAUCAAUUGGGGAGCAAAGGAUUUUGUGCUGCUUAAUCACGAUUUGUGACUAGAUUGGGCCGCGCGGAAAAUUUCGUUUUUGGGCCACAGAUAGCUGUGUCCGCCACCACAAUGUCCUUACUUUGCAACACAGGUGAUUGGUUUACGUUGGGCCAUGGAAAUUCUUAUAGAAAAAUUGAUCUGUACACCAUGGAAUGGCCGACCAGCAUUAAUUUGGAGCAAAUGACGGUGCAUGCUGCCUCCUACGGGGGCCCAAUAGCACUGGUGAAGGAUUUCAAACAGUUUCUAAAACUGUCCGGCAGCGGAUCCACCAAGCCGGUGAUUCGCAUUUUUAAUUGCUCCGGCAAGCACAUCUCUUCCAUAAGUUGGGACAACGGACAUCUGGUGUGUAUGGGUUGGUCGGACGCCGAGGAAUUCGUGUGCGUACAGGAUGACGGUUUCGUCUGGAUCUACGAUAUGUUCGGCAAUUUCCAGCACAAAUUCAGCAUGAGCAAGGACGUGACCGAAGUUAUCGACGCGAAAAUUUUCGCAUCGAACUCGGGAACGGGGGUCGCGGUGAUAACGGCCAACUACAAAAUAUACAUUGUGAACAGCAUCAAAGAUCCGAAAUCACGUCCACUGUCGGAGUUGUUGAAUUUGGGCAGUGAUCUUACCUGUUGGGAGCUGGUCUCGAAGGAACGCACCACAUGCUGCCUGCUGGCACGCGACACGGAAAUUAUCCUCGCGCGGCAUGGCGAAAGCGCCCCGGUAACGCUCGUGCUGAGCAUGAAGAACGAAUUCAGUAGCAUUUGGGCGAUGUCCGUUUCCUUCAAUCAUCGCCAUUUGGCAAUCUACACCAAUACAGGUGUGCUGUGGAUGGGAUCGGCCGAUCUGAAAACUAAGUACUGUGAGUUCGCAACCGGUCGCAGUGAGCGACCGCAGCAAAUCGUUUGGUGCUGUGAUGAGGAUCCUCAUCCGGAGCGCCAAGCGGUCCUCGUCAGCUACCAGUCGAUGGUGCUGGUCGUCGGAAUGACUGGUGAUUCCAACAUUUACACGUACGAUUCCCCGAUGGUGCUGAUACAGGAGAUGGAUGCCGUUAGAGUGCUGACCAACGGGUAUCACGAGCUGAUCCAACGGGUACCGAAAAGCACGAGUAACAUUUUCGGUAUUAACAUUUCGGAGCCGGCGAGUUUCCUGUUCGAAGCGCAUCGGAAGUUUCAAGAGCGUAGCCACCAGUCGGACGAGUAUCUUUGUCUGAUCCAGGAUCGUCUCGCAUCGGCGGUGGCUGAAUGCAUCGAGGCUGCCGGCCAGGAAUUCGAUACGCACACGCAGAAGAGUCUAAUUCGUGCGGCCUAUUUCGGUAAGGGUUUCCUACCGGGGCACAAUCCGGAGGUGUAUAUCGAGACGUGUAGAGUGCUGCGGGUGCUGAACGCUUUGCGCGAUCGAAAUGUGGGAAUGCCGCUCACGUUGAGACAGUUUAACCAUCUUCAGCCGCUGGUAAUUUUGGAUCGGUUGAUAUUCCGUAAGCAUUACGCAUUGGCUAUCCAGAUUGCGAAGCAUUUGAAGCUUCCCGAGUCACGCAUCCUGGAGCAUUGGGCGUUCCACAAAAUAGUGAACGAUAAAAACGAGGAGGAAGUGGCUCGCAAGAUAUCGGAGAAGUUUCUGUCCCACCAGACCCGGGAGCGACUGUCGUUUGCGAACGUGGCUAAGAAGGCCCAACAGGUCGGCAAAACCAAGCUCGCCAUCACCCUGCUCGAGCUGGAGCCACGCAAGAGCCUCCAGGUUCCCCUGCUGCUGAAGCUGGGUGCCAACGAGAAGGCCCUGAUGGCGGCCACCCAAUCGGGUGACACCGACUUGAUCUACAUGGUGAUACUGGAGAUGAAGAGCACCACGGCGCUGGCCAAGUUCCAGAUGAUUAUCCGGCGGUUCCCGCUGGCACAGAAUCUGUACAAGAAGUACUGCCAGCUGAACAGUUUGUCCACGCUGAAGGACAUUUACUCGCAAGAAGAUGACUUCCAAUCGCAGGCCGAGCUGGGACUGCGAGAGGCGUUGGAGAUUAAUAAUGUUGAGGUUUCCAUUCCCGAUAUCAGCGGAAACUACAAGAAAGCGAACAAGUCACUGGAGGCGGACGCUUGCGACGAGACGAAGAAGCUGAUGAAGCAUCAGAAGGAUCUUGACGAGAAGCACCAAAAGCGCCUGUAUGGACUGCCACUGCAUUCAACGAUCAAACAGCUGCUGCUACUGGGUGAUCUGAAAUACGCCGAGAAACUGAAGAGCGAGUUUCGCAUGCCCGAGCGGCGCUUCUGGUGGCUGCGAAUUCAGGUGCUAUCCCAACAGUACCAGUGGGAGGAACUGGAAAAAUUUUCCAAAUCGAAAAAGAGUCCCAUUGGGUACGAGCCAUUCGUCGAGGCGUGUCUCGCCCAGAAAAAAGUUGACGAAGCGAAAAAAUAUCUGCCGAGGUGUGGUGAGGAGAACAAAUUCAAAUGGUACUUGAGGGCGGGAUGCCACGUGGAGGCGGCAACGAUUGCGUACGAGCAGAGAGACAUCGAUAGCCUGCUGAAGAUUUACGACUGCUGUUCCACCGAUCCGGCGCUGUCGGCCAAGGUGGAGAAUCUCAUCGGGCAGUUGUCAACGAAGAAGUGAAGCCAAAUGGAAACAAAUCGAUGGAAAAUAUUUCCUCCUUUUUAUUGUUCAUACGUUUAAAUAUCUAUUCAUAUACACAUUUUUUGCUUUAGAUUUUACAUUUACAUUGUGAUAAGAAUUUUUCCUUUCCUUCAAAAUCAUAUAUUAUUCGUCUCGAGCGACGUCGAUUUCCGCGCUUGUUUUUUGUUUUUUUUUGGAUCGCGCCAAUUUGUUUUUUCGUUUGUGAUUAUAAUAGAACUUCAAUAGAGUAAUGGAAUAAGUAAAUAUAUUAUCCGACAUCAUGUGUUG